ACAGUUAUGAACUCCUCGCUAUAACCUGACCAGAAGAAAUCUGCGAUUGACAUUUUCGUGCAAUGCACACGAAUUGGCUUCAAAACAAAUAAACACGUCGUGUUUUCUGCCAGCAGUGAAUUAUAAUUCGAUAAUGCCGAACAAAAUCUUCUGCUAAGUGUAGAAACAAUCGCAGGAAACUUGUGCUGCAUGUGAUCGUCAACCGAAACUAGUUUGCGUUAGCUUGCGAAACACAGAGCAAAUCCCUGAAAUCAUGUCUCGUCAUCGCAAUGUACGCAACGCAGUUUACGAUGAUUACGACGAUGACGAUUACCCGUACGGACAUUCGGUGGAGGACGAAUGCAUCUCUCCAACCGAUGCACAGCAAUGGAUCUACGACCGGGCCAAAGGUCAGCAGAGUAUGUCCGAAUUUCUUGCCAACAAUCGCGACAUCGAAGAAGAAGACGACGAUGAACUGGCGGCCGAAAAUGUACGCGAAGGCGCCGCACACAAGAGGCGCGAUUCGGAGUGCUUUCAAAUGCCGGAUCUGAACGAUGACGACCGUGCACGGUUGCUGUCGUGUAUGGAUGAAAUCCGCGACAUCGUUGGCGAAACGUGCAGUGACCGUCAGAUGGUGGAAGCGAUCAUGAAGCACGAUUAUGAUUGUAGCAAAGCGCUGGACGAGGUGCUGAACAGCAACAAGACGCCACCAGCGCUAGCCGCAAAAUCUGGAAACAAACUAGCGGCUGAUACGAUGGAAAAAGGCAUCGGCGAACGUUUGCUGGAACGCUCGGAAAAGAAACUUCAAACUUCUACCCACAAUGUGCCGAUUAUCAUCGCAACACCUUCAGUCGACGCUCAACAGCAUGUUCGCGAUAUAGGAACGACCGUUGUAAUUACCCCGAGUCCAUCGGUGGCUAAAAAAACGCUCGCCUUCGAUGUGAACAGUCCUCGCGUACAAUCACCCUGCGUGUCCAGUCGCAAUACGCCAGAAAUUACGGACGAAGCUCGACAGCAGCAGCUGCAAUUUCAGAGCCAAUCGCUCAAAUCAACCCCGAAGGAACCGUCGCGAAAUGCGAAGGAAUUGUUUAGCAAGGAACGCGGCACCAGGAAGGACCACAUUCAUAUGGUAGUGAUUGGUCAUGUGGAUGCGGGCAAGAGUACGCUGAUGGGCCAUCUGCUGUACGACACCGGGAAUGUUUCGCAGCGCGUCAUGCACAAACACGAGCAGGAGAGCAAAAAGUUGGGCAAAUCGAGCUUUAUGUACGCUUGGGUGCUGGACGAAACGGGUGAGGAACGGGAGCGGGGCAUUACGAUGGACGUUGGCAGUACACGGUUCGAGACUACGACAAAGGAGAUAACGCUGCUUGAUGCUCCUGGACAUAAGGACUUCAUACCGAACAUGAUAUCGGGAGCAAAUCAGGCAGAUGUGGCCUUGCUAGUUGUGGACGCUACUCGUGGAGAAUUUGAAACCGGUUUCGAGCAGGGUGGUCAAACGCGAGAACACGCACUGUUGGUACGCUCGCUAGGCGUCAGUCAGCUUGGCGUGGUCGUCAAUAAGCUAGAUACGGUCGGAUGGUCAAAGGAACGAUUCGACGAGAUAGUGAGCAAAUUGAAGGUGUUCCUUAAACAGGCUGGUUUCCGUGAUUCGGACGUUACCUAUGUUCCGUGCUCAGGAUUAACGGGAGAGAAUUUGGUAAAAGAUCCAACGGAUCUCGCAUUGACCCAGUGGUACAUUGGGCCGACACUUUUGAAAGUAAUUGAUACCUUCAAAACGCCGGAACGCGCUAUUGAUAAACCGUUCCGCCUAUCGGUGGCAGACAUAUUUAAAGGCACCGGAUCGGGAUUUUGUCUUUGCGGCCGUAUCGAGUCCGGUAUUGUAUGCGUAAACGAUAAAGUGUUGGUGUGUCCCAGCAAGGAGCAAGCCGUUGUUAAGAACAUCACGAUCGAUGAAUUACCUCACCAGACCGCUUUUGCCGGUGAUCAAGUAUCGCUAACUUUGGCUAACGUUGACAUCAACAAUAUCUCGGUCGGGUACAUUCUAUCCGACCUUUAUCAUCCGGUCCCGUUGGCCACACGUAUACUCGCACGAAUCGUUGUGUUUAACAUCAAAGUUCCGAUUACGAGAGGAUAUCCGGUGCUGCUGCAUCAUCAGUCGCUUAUCGAACCGGCCACGAUCCGCAAACUAAAGGCACAGCUGCACAAGGGUACGGGCGAAGUCAUUAAGAGGAAUCCUCGCUGUCUGGGCAACAAUUCUUGCGCGUUGGUUGAGAUCGAAUUUCAACGACCGGUCGGUAUGGAGCGGUAUGCGGAUUUUAAGGAUCUGGGUAGAAUUAUGUUGCGUGUGGAGGGUGUUACGAUUGCUGCUGGACUAGUGACGGAAAUUGUUAAGUAAGGACAACGAAACGGAGAAAAAAGAACGGAUCGGAAGACGAACCGAUCUACAACACGAUCGAAAAGAAAUAAAGACUACAUACUAUCGAA